AUGUCCAGACACACCGUCGAAGAGGAGGCGUGCCACACCGCUCACCGACCCUCCGACACGUCGAGAACCAUCGACCUCGCCUCCUUCGAUCCUUCCACCCUCGCCCCCCCACGCGCUCGAUCUCCCUCCCUUGAAACGCGUCUCGAACGCGCUCCUCCACCACCGGCGACGCCCGUCCGAUCUCAACCCGAACCUCCUCCUCCCGCCUCGGGCUUUCUCCCUGCCGAACAAUGGGCGUCCAUCCAAAGUUUUCAUGCCGCCAUGGAUCACGUCAAGAUGGAGACCUGCAGCCGCUGUCACGUACGGUGGUUCUCCAUGGAUUUGAAGAAUGAUAUCUGCCAUGCCUGUUUCUUGCGGGAUCAGGGCGGCAAGACCCCCUUUCUCAUGUCCGCCGAGAACGCCAUGGACCCGGGAGAGAUGCCGGCCCAUCUGCCCACGCUGACCCAAAUCGAGGAGAUGAUUGUCGCCCGCUCGCACGUGCAAAUGAUGGUCUAUCGCUACCGGGGCCGCCAAUACCACUGCUCGGGACACUGUCAGUUUCAUGCAAAACACGACGAAGACGACAUCGUGGUGUUACGGCCCUCGGAUCGCGUCGUCGAGAAUGAUCUCCGCUAUCGACGCCAGUUUCGGUCAGAUUUUCGCGCUCGAAAGGGACAUGUCAUGACCUGGCUGCGGUUUCUCCAGGCCCACCACCCGGAUUACCGGUAUGUCACCAUUUCCCCGGAUCGGAUCGACGCUCUACCCAUCGAUGACGACAUCUCCUCACCGUUUCUCGCUCUGAUCGACGAUACGAGUAUGGAGGAGGAACCCCCCGCGCUCGAACAACCGGUGUCCGCCGAGCUGCCCCCGCCGGAUUCUCAAUCGAUGGUCCCCAAUCUCAAUAUCACCACGACCGAGGUGGAUCUGAUCGUGCGAGAGAUGGCCAGCCGAAAUUCUCCCCCUCCCGGCCUUCCCGCACCCUCGAUUGGACAGACCCCCAUCGACGAAGCGUCGGGAAAAAGAUCGGAUCUUUGCCAUGGCCUUCCCGACAUUGUAUCCGACGGGCCAGGCCGAUUUCAACACCCCCCGGAUGCGAAAGGUGAGUUCAACCGAUUACGCGCGAUAUCUGAUGUGCUUUCACGACGGCAGGCCAACGGCGCGGCCCGUUUCUACGUGUCGAAGGCGUCCGGUCUUAAAGAUCUCAGUCGAGAGGAGCUCACGGAAGCCCUACUGGCCGACGAAGCCCUCCUCCCUCAGAUUGUGCGCCAAGGUUCCGAUCUGACGGGGACGCGCCCGUUUUGGAGAAGUAAGAGCAACCACUUACAGGCCCAGGCCUGCUUUCUCUCGCCCGGCACGUCGCCGGUUUUUGUGACUUUGAGCGCGGCCGACAUGCAGUGGCGGGACCUAGUUUCCUCUCCGGCUCGCAUAUGCGAUCACCGUCCAUAA